AUGUCGGGAGAACAGUUCGCUGUGUUUCGUGCCCAGGAUGGCCAAGCCUUCGUGGUCAACGCUUACUGCCCGCACCUCGGGGCCAACCUCGCUGCUGGAGGGCACGUCGUGGGCAACUGCAUUGAGUGCCCGUUUCAUGGCUGGCAGUUUCGAGGAGAAGAUGGAAAAUGCAUCAGCAUCCCAUAUGCUGAAAAAGUGCCAGAUUUUGCGAAGGUCCAGACCUGGCCGUCCUGCGAGGUGAACGGGAUGCUGCUGGUCUGGUACCACUGCGAAGGGGUCGGGCCGACAUGGGCAGUGCCCGAGCAGCGGGAGAUCGCCACCAAGGAGUGGGUGUUCCGCGGGCAGACCGAGCACCUGGUGGAUGUGCACAUCCAGGAAAUCCCCGAGAAUGCGGCCGACACGGCUCACCUGGCUUUUCUCCAUGGACCAGCUAUUCUGGGUGGAUCCGAUCUGAGGUACACGAGGUCCAAGCUGUGGGACUUCAUGAAGCACGUCUGGAAGGCGGAGUGGCGGCCGGAGCCGGAGCCCAACGAGCAUUGCUCCCGGCUGCUGGUUCAGCACAGCGCAACCAUCUUCGGGAAGCAUGUGUCCUUGAUGGAUUUGACGGUUUCAGCCAGGCAGGUGGGACCAGGGCUGGUUUUCCUGAUCUUUGAACAUGCUUUCCUGGGCCGCGGGAUCAUCCUGCAGACGGUGACCCCCCUGGAGCCUCUCCUGCAGAAUGUUGUCCACAAAAUCUACUACCAGAAGAACGUGCCAGCCAUAAUCCCCAAGUUCAUCCUGCGAGCAGAGUGCAUACAGUUUGAGCGCGAUAUAACCAUCUGGAACAACAAACAGUACCUGCCCAAGCCGCUGCUGGUGCGGGAGGACUCCAGCAUCCAGAAGCACCGGCGCUGGUACGCGCAGUUCUACAGCGAGAAGAGCCGGAGGCUCCCGGCGCAGAAGGAGGGUCUGGACUGGUGA